AUGUUGCUUCCGCGAGCUUCCUUUGGCCGGAAUGCCGCGCGCGUCUGGCGCAAUGGCUCCUACAAGCAGACCGUCGCCCAACGAGGCAUGGCAUCGCACGCUGGCCUCGAGUACGAGGCGAGCGAGACCGCUGGCGUGAAGAUUGCCAGCCGGGAGGUGUCAGGACCAACUACCACCCUCACCGUCGUUGCUAAGGCUGGUUCCAGAUACGAGCCAUUCCCUGGCUACUCCGAAGUCUUGGAGAAAUUUGCGUUCAAGUCUACCCUCAAACGCUCUGCUCUACGAAUCACCCGUGAAAACGAGCUGCUCGGAGGACAACUUUCCUGCUUCCGAUCAAGAGAGAACCUCGUUCUCUCUGCCCGAUUCCUGAACAACGACCUCCCAUACUACACCGAGCUUUUGGGAGAAGUCGUUUCACAGUCCAAAUAUUGCCGCCAUGAGCUCGACGAGCUUAUCCUCAACCUCGUUAAAUUCUCCCAGAACACCAUUGCCGCAACCCCAACCGCUCAGGCUUUGGACUCCGCACACAGCCUUGCUUUCCACCAGGGACUUGGAAACGCCCUCACUAUCCCAGCCUCUGCCCCAUUGAAGAAGUACGUCAACGCUGAGGGUAUCGCCGCCUUCGCCGAGGGUGUCUACACUAAGCCAUCCAUCGCCGUUGUCUCCAGCGGUUCCAACUCUGCCGAACUAUCCAAGUGGGUUGGCCAAUUCUUCAGCGAGCUUCCCUCUUCUACCGCUGCCGGCAAGUUCGCCCCCGCCGCUACCCAACAGACCAAGUACUACGGAGGAGAGCAGCGAAUCUCCAGCCAGGCCGGAAAUGCCGUUGUCAUUGCCUUCCCCGGCUCCAGUGCCUACGGUACUUCUGGAUACAAGCCCGAGUUCGACGUUCUCGCCGCGCUCUUGGGCGGAGAGUCCAGCAUAAAGUGGUCAACUGGAUCUUCCAUCCUUGCCAAGGCCACCGAGGCAUUCCCAGAAGUCCAGGUCUCUACCAACCAGGCCUCUUACUCUGACGCUGGAUUGUUCUACGUCACCCUGUCCGGCCCAACUGCCGAACGUGUCACCCAGGCCACCAAGGCUGCCGUCGAGGCCCUGAACAAGGUCGCUGCCGGCAACGUUGCCGCCGAGGAUGUCAAGAAGGCCAUUGCCCACGCUAGAUUCCGUGUCCUCGACGCCGGAUCCAGCUUGAUCACUGGAAGCGAAGCUACCGGCUCUGCCCUCAUCCACGGUGGCAAGCCAUUCAGCAUUGCUGCCAACGCCCAGGGUCUCGAGAAGGUCACAGAAGCUCAGGUCAAGGCUGCUGCCAAAUCCCUCCUAAGCAGCAAGGCUUCCGUCUCCACCGUCGGCGAGCUCUUCACGCUCCCAUAUGCCUCCGACCUCGGUCUUACCGUGUAA